AUGGACGAACGCGAAUUGACUCGGGACCUACAGAUGAACCGCCCCUCGGGUCUGCCGCGCCCAGGAUCCCGCAUCGCCCACUUCCAGUCCUCCACCACCUCCGCCCAGGGCCUGCACGAGAUCUCCGAGUCGCAGACCAACACGAGAGCCCAGUACUCGGCCGCGCCCCCCUCGGCCAUGAACGCCAUGAAGCGCGCCCUCCCAGGACCCGGUGCGCCAGACCCUCACUACCCGCCUCGUGUCCCGGGCUCGCCAUACUCACGCGCCAUGAAUGCAGCAGGCCAACCCGACCCCAAGCGCAAGACCCUCGCCGACAGGGCAGGCGAAUUCCCCGCUGGCAGUACCCGGUCCGGCCUGGUCGCCCCUACUCCCGUGCGCGGCAUGGUCAAGGGCACCUCUCUGAAAGACAUGCAACUUGUAAGUCGCAACUCCCUCCGCGUUUCUGGCCGUACCUCCUUCCUGUCUGCUGCCCCUUGCCUGGACCUUCGUCACGCUGCCAUCUUCAAGCUCUGCAAGCUUCUCGUACAACUCUUCCGCCUCGUGCUAGUUCUCGCCUUCCACCGCACAUACGACCAGGCCGAGCAUCUCCUGGCCUCCAUUGUGCUUGCCUGGGCUUCUCUCUAUCCGAAGCCCCCGGGACCAGAACGCGCCCCAGAUCCAAGGACCUCAGUGUCCCUGUCCCGCCGGGAGCAGACAACGAUACCUCGUCCCGUGACAAAAUGCUGCGAUUCACUCGUAACUAUCGGCGCCCGCCUUAUCCCCAAUCGGAUCAAAGGCUUUCGUUUCUUCUUCACGUGGCUGAAUAAAGAGACACCACAGGGAAAUAGUGUUUCUCUGCGCAUAGAUGCAAGCUUCAGUGACAAAAACAUGUCUCAGGACUAUACCGUGGUCGGAGUUCACGACAUGGAGCUCGAAGAGAGCCGAUCCAAUACCUCCGGGUCCCGGUACGCACCCUCCGCGAGCUCGACCAUUUCGCGCAACACAUCCAACAGCAGUUACGCCAGCAGUAUAGGUCCCAACGGCCGACCACCAUCACGAUCUGCCCACGCCCGGUCGGCCAGCGUACGGUCAGCAGCCACUAAGAACGGCAGGCCCGUGACGUCUAUGGGACUACGGGCCGAGGAGCAACCGCAGCAACAGCAGGGCAAAAAUGGUACGAUACCCACGUCCCAACAGCAGCGCGUGCGCAAGAAGCCGAGUUCAAGCAGCCUGCCCAUCUCCCACAAGAAAGUGCGCAAAUGCAACUCUGUCAGUGCUAUAGGCACGGCGGCGGCAGCGUACAGCACCCCCCUUCCUACAGCUAGAGAAGCCUCUAUCUGCGAAGCCUUCGACUCCUUGACCAUCACUGGAGUUGGUAUAAGAUCAAGACGCAGCCGGCGGAAUCCAGUGGCUUCCGGUCGAGAAUCACCCACACCGAGUUUCAAAUUACCACCGAAUGUCACGCUGCGCAAUCGUGGCCCGGCAAGUAGCAAGUCAGCUGCCUCAGAGGAGGAUAAGUCCCAGGACGGCCCAGUGGUCCCCAGGACACCUUCCGCAAAAGAGAUGACGCAACAGUUUGCAAGACUAGAUUCAUCUUACCGAGCUGCCAAGACCCCCCUGCUGUCCGCUUCGCCUACAAAGGCCGAGUUUUUAACUAAGGAAUCUAACACACUUGCGUUUGUAGCCUGGGACGUCGACGAGCGGUUGGGCAAUUUCGAGUCCGAAUUCAAGGCCAUGAAGGAGAUGAUCAACACCUCGAUCCACGGCCAGAAGACCUUGGAGGAAGAUGUUGCUGCCGUACGAUUAAAAGCGAGCGAACUCGAACAACUGAAGAGCGACCUUGAGUCCAAAAAGUCGGAACUUCAAGUCGAAUUAGAUGAUGCCGAGAGGCGUAUCUUUACACUGACACGUGAGCUUGAAGAUGAAAAGCGUGCAAGGCGUAAUGACGCCGAAGAUCUGAUGCGCGACCACCGGAACGAUAUUGACAGCAGGCUCCGCGAGUUCACUCGAGAGAAGGACGACCUGGAGAGGCUAGCCCGCAAGCAACUCGAAACGGUGAAGGAGGAGCUGGCGAACGAUUUCGCGAAGCAGCUCAAUGACGCGCACAGGGCCUUUGAGGACCUGGAGAAGCUUCUGGAGGAGGAAAAGCAGAACGCGGCACUGCGAAGCGAGGCGAACGGCAAGGAUCUGGAAGCGCAGCUGUCGGAGCUUGAGGACACCAGAAAGCAGCUCGAUCGGGCCCGACGAACCCAAGAUGAGCUCAACGGUCAACUGUUACUCAAGGAGGCCCGCAUUUCAGAUCUCGAGAAGCAGGUCCAAGCCGGCCACACGGCCCUGAUCCACCUGAAGGGAGACGAACAGAAGCAACUCGACAACUUCCGACUUAUGAGAGAAGAGAAGCAAGCGGCGCUGGAUCAAGCAGCAGAGGCGUUGAAGCAAGCCGACGAGUACAAGGCCAAACUCAGGACCGAGGAGAGAAGGCGAAGAAAGCUUUUCGAGCAGCUGCAGACUCUCAAGGGCAACAUUCGCGUCAUGUGUCGCAUUCGACCAGGACGUAAUGACUCCGGCAAUGCGCAGAUCGAAACCGAGGUCGGCGACUAUGAUGACCAUGUUGGCAAGAUGACCGUCAUGGUGCCCACCAAGAACUACCUGGAGCAGGAGCUGUUGGAGCCCAGAUCCUACGAUUUCGAGCGUGUGUUCGAGCAACAAGAAGGCAAUAAGGUUGUCUUCGAGGAGAUCAGCCAACUUGUGCAAAGUGCGCUGGACGGACAGAAGGUGUGCAUCUUCUGCUACGGCCAGACGGGCUCCGGAAAGACGUACACCAUGAGUUCCGAACAGGACUCCAUCAUCCCCACUGCCAUGGACAUGAUCUACGAACAAGCCGAAGCGCUCAAGGACGCUGGGUGGUCCUACAAGAUGUGGGGAUCUUUCACCGAGGUCUACAACGAGAAGCUUUACGAUCUCUUGGGUCGUGACGGCACACGGAACCAUGUCGAUCUUCGUCAGGACCCUGUGUCAAGAAAAUACUAUGUUGACUCUCAGGCGACCUUGCUUGAGUCGCCCGAGGCGGUUCAGCUUAUGCUCGAGACGGCGGCUAGGAACCGCACUGUCGCCUCGACGAAGAUGAACCGCGCCUCGUCGCGAUCCCACUCGGUCUUCACGCUAAAGCUCGAAGGUGUGGAUAUGGAUGGCAACCGGAGCGAGGGCGUGCUCAACCUGAUCGAUCUCGCUGGCUCUGAGCGCGUCAAGGAAUCUCAAGUCGAGGGACAGAAUUUCAAGGAAGCUACGAGCAUCAAUACUUCGCUCUCGACCCUGAGCAAGGUCAUGACCGCCCUGGCUGACAACGCAAGCCACAUCCCCUACCGCGACUCGGCUCUCACGAAGUUAUUGGAGAGCUGCCUGGGUGGCAACUGCAAGAGUCUCAUGUUUGUCAUGGUCAGCCCGCUAAGCGCGGAUAUCAAGGAAACGAUCAGCAGUUUGGACUUUGCCACUACAGUCUCGAAAGCCAAGCCCGGACAGCAAGGAGGUGCGCUCAAGGCUGUGAAGACGGGCCGGUCCGGCGCGGUGAAGAAGCGAUAG